AUGUGGGUGCCUAUGAAGGAUCCCAGCAUAAAAAUUUUUAAUACAGCAAAGCGGAGUGACAUUCGGGAAGACUCCGUCUCCAACCGCACUCCGAGUCAUAUCAAGCCGGGAAAGGUCGCGGCCCCUUAUAAGGUCUUCAUGCCAGAGAAGUUGCUGGAUCCACAUCGUCUUUUCGGCGGGAGCUAUGGGCUUUGUUCUUACCGACUAUAUAGUUUCCAGGCUACCAAGAUAUUCAUGAUCGACGUACUCGUUCAUACAGUGGGGCUCUACUUUUUUGCUAAGGGCUUCCUGUUGUCACGAAGAGUGCUGGAAAAGUCCAGCGCCUGUAGCCGUCCUCUACUACCAGGAUUCCCAAGAUAUGAAUCCCCCCAUCUUCAAUCUACUCAGAGUGGAUGUUGGAUGCCCAGAUCCUUCGACAAAGCCGUGAUCCUGGUUAUCGAUGCGCUACGAUACGACUUCGCGGUGCCACCUGCACCACAGUCGUCUGGAAAAGACGCUUAUCAGCCUUUCCAUAAUGCUCUUACCAUACUACACGAGAAAGCAACGCAAGAGCCCCAAAAUGCAGUUCUCUUCCCCUUCAUUGCGGAUCCUCCUACAACAACCUUGCAGCGGUUGAAAGGACUAACAACAGGAACACUGCCAACAUUUAUCGAGGCUGGUGCCAAUUUUGCCGGUUCCGCGCUUUUAGAGGAUAAUCUCGUGACGCAACUACAGAAUGCAGGAAAAAGGCUGGUGCAUCUCGGGGACGAUACAUGGACAAAGCUGUUUCCGAGUCAGUUCCUACCUAAUCUAUCUCGAGCGUACGAUUCCUUCCUCGUUGCCGACCUCCACACGGUCGACCAGGGCGUGGAGGAACACCUUAUACCGCUCAUUAACCAUCACCAAGAUGAAUGGGAUGUGAUUUUUGGUCAUUUUUUAGGCGUCGAUCACGUUGGUCAUCGAUUCGGCCCCGCGCAUCCUGAAAUGUCCAAGAAGCUGAAGGACAUGGACCGCGUCAUAACAGAUGUUGUCAACUCUAUCGACGAAAACACGCUACUUGUCGUUCUGGGCGAUCAUGGAAUGGAUAAACAUGGAAACCAUGGAGGCGAAACUGAGGAUGAGGUACAGGCGACGUUGUGGAUGUAUACUCAGCGCAGGUAUUUUGGUCAUUUGCUGGUGCAUCCACAAGAGCUGGCCUCGUAUCUGAACAAAUCAGCCGUCUACCAAAUAGAUAUUGUCCCGACCUUGUCGCUUCUUCUGGGAAUCCCCAUUCCCUUCAAUAGCCUAGGGAGUCCUAUCAAAGAGGCUUUCCUUGGAGCAGCCGGAGAUAACUGGGGGCAACUGGUGCGCGCAUAUAUGCUAUCAUUUGCGCAAAUUGAACGAUUCCACCAAGAAUAUUCAAUAGCAGAGGAGAAUGCACGGCAUGCCGAAGAGCACAACCAUACGAAUUUUCUCCGAUAUAUCCCUGGGGAAGAACUUGAUUUUCAGGACCAAGAGAUUCUGAAGACAUUAUACCACGAAUUAUGCGAUUACCAAGGAAAGAUCUUGCAACGUUACAAAAGCAUAUGGGUACAGUUCAAUAUGGCUCACAUUAUAGAGGGGUUGGUAAUUUUGUUAUCUGGAGCCGUCGCACUGUUACUUCGUGUUUGCGCGUGGGACCAAUGCAAUCUCAUCCCCAGUGCUUCUUCCAGGACAAUUAAAAUGGGCACUGCAGCAUUCAUAGCCAUUUAUUUGAUCCAUAUUGCCAUAGUAAAGCCAGAGAAAUCUCGCAUGUCGGAUGGAGUGAUCGUGGGGGCUACGAUGAGUAGUAUUACGUUAUUCAUCUGUCAAUUUCAUCUGUUUGGGAUAAUCCGAGUAUCCACAAAAUCUCAAAUGCCGACCUCCUGGGACAUAAUGGCGAUUGCGCUUACUAUUCUGCUCUCUAUCGGGUUUGCGUCCAAUUCAUACACUGUAUGGGAAAACCAGACAGUACUCACAUUCCUCGCAACAUUUGGCAUAUGUACCAUUUUAAUGUCUAAUAGGACCUUGGACAGAAGGAAGAAUAUGCUAGGGGCUCUACUCUCUAUAUCAUUCAUGGUACUGGUCAGGAUGGUGUCACUAAGUCCUUAUUGUCGGGAAGAGCAACUUCCAUCUUGCGUAACGACUUACCAUCGCCUGGGUAACACCAUGGGCUGGAGACUGCUCAUCCCAUAUCUGAUAGCCAUACUCAUUCCAAUGGCCACUCGAAUAGCCUUCGGUUCAGACUUGAUAUCUCAAGACCUAGGGGUUUGGGCAUGGUUUCACAUUGGUAUGCCCAUGGCACUUUGCUUCAAUACUGUCUAUUGGUCCCUCGAUUCUGCUAACAGGAUUGGUUGGCUUGAAGGUAGACAUUCCAAUAUGCUAUCUAAGUGGCUUCACAUUUUCUUUUCUCAGUCCACUCUCGUCAUUGCGAUUGCUGGCAGUGGAAUGGCUCUCACCUCAAAAUGGACCACGAUCAUGAAUCCUGUUCGAUAUAAUAUGAUCAUCACUACAUUUGUAUUGGUGAUCAGCAUUUGGGUGAGUAGCCCAAUGGGAGGUGGUUCCUUGUCCAUAUUAUAUUUCCAGAUCCUGAGUCUACGCAAACUGCUCAAUCACUCUCGCAACUAUACUAUCGGACCUACAAUUGCUGCGUUUUUAGGAACUCUCCACUUCUUUAGCACUGGACAUAAUGCAACCCUCUCCAGCAUCCAAUGGGAAGCUGCUUAUAUCCUAUCACAUGAUCUUUCCUACCCAUGGUCCCCGUUGCUUGUGAUCCUUAACACUUUUGCUGGCCCAAUUGUCGCUGCAUUUUUGAUCCCUCUAAUCAUAACACGAGAUGGAAACACACGGGGAAUGCAUCCUGUAGCCAAAUCAUACGCAAUUCAUGUUUUGGUUUACUCGGUAUGGGCGUUGUCAGCGGCAGUAUGGGCUAGUGUCCUACGACGCCACCUUAUGCUAUAUGCUAUAUUCUGCCCUCGAUUCUUGAUGGCCGGGGCCUUACUGCUGAUAAUCGAUGUUAUUGCGAUAAUAAUUUCAUUGAUCACUGCAGUGAAUACUAAAUGA